GGAGGCGGGGCGGGGGUGGUGACUCCCCCUCUCCUCCCCAGCUCCAGAGGAGACCCGCUCCCACCUGAGGAGAACCAAAGGCUACCUGCGGAGCUUCCCGUCAGAGGAACCAUGGGGACCUCCGCCUCCACCCUGCUGGAUGAAGCCAGGUCCAACUACAUCAAAGAGCAAGCAGAGGAGGAGCUGAAGGAGUUCAGUCCGUACUACAGGAAGCAGUUCUCCGUGGCCCGAUUCUCUCAGGUGGAAGAUGAACUGGAGCAGAACAAACAGAAGAUCACACAGCUGCUCAAACAAAAGGGACCUCCAGAGGAGGGUGAAGUUAUGUAUGAGGAGGGCAUCCAUUACUUUGACGACACUCGGAAGUGGCGGGAGCGGUACGUGGUGGUGAGAGCCAACUACUGCCUGGAGUGCCAUGAGAGCCUGGAGUCUUUUGUUAAAGGUGUUCCUCCACGCCACAAGCUGCUGCCUACAGGGGGCACUGUUCUGACUGCAGAAGACAGUUACAUGGCCAUGGUGGACAAAUGCUUUCCUGGAGACAACAAUGUGAAGGAGGACUUUGCACCUCCUGUGUCAGGAAUGCCGGGACCGUUCCCGGUAUACCUGCGUCUGCCCUACAGGAUGGACUGGUACUUCUGCUUCAGGCAGGAGGAGAGGCGGGCCGCCUUCAUCUCCAUCCUGUCAGACUGCAUCAGGCACCAGAACCAAG